GCGCGCUGCUGUCAGGCCUGCGCGGCGGCAGCGCCCGGGACCGGUACCGGGAUGUCGGGGCCGGGCGGGCCGGGCCCCGCCGGGGCCAAGCUCGACAUCAACCGCGCCGGCGUGGCCGAGCUGGAGGGUGCCCUCAGCGGCAUUGGCCGCCGCCGUGCCCGCGGCAUCGUCCGCAAGAGAGAGGAACUGAAGGGCUUCACUUGUUUGGAUGACCUGCUGCAUGUCAAGGGCAUUACCACACGCAUCCUGGAGCUCAACAGCCAGCGCAUGACGUGCCGGCGGUGCCCAGGCCCUGAGGGGCCCCCACGGGCCAGCCCCACUCCCUUGGGAGACAGUGAGGACCACAGGGCACCUGCAGCACAGGUGGUGGCUGAAGAGGAGGAAGAGGAGGAGGAGGAGGAAACACCAGGCCCCUGGGAGCCAGAGCACCCCUGGAAGGGUCCCCCCAGGUCCAGAGCAGACCCUGAUGGUUCUGGGGGGCAGAGACCACAGGAGCCCCCCAGGUCCGCCAGGGAGCGGGAGGAGGAGGAAGAGGAGGAGGAGGAGGAGGAGGAGGAGGAGGAAGGGAGCUGCUGCAGCGAGGAAGGGGAAGACAGCAGCAAUGUAUACCUGUACUACACCCUGGGAGAGCGCUGGAUCGACUACCUGCAGCGCACUGGGGAUGGGGGGCUGCUGCGGCACCUGCGCCCCAAGAUGAAGCGGAAGUCAGAGAAUGGGCCGGAUGGCCGGGCCUUGUCCCCUGGGAAGAAGCUGUGCAAGGGCUCUGAGUAUGGCAGGACACUGGGUCCCUGCACACCCAGCCCCACCACCACCUUUGGGGACCUGCGCAAUGCCAAGGUGGGGCAGGCCCGGCGCCGCCGCAUCCCCUCAGUGGCCCCCCCACCUGAGCUACAGGACUGGCUCCGCACCUUCCAGCGCUGGAGCGGCCCUGAGAAGCUGCUGGCCCUGGAUGAGCUCAUUGACCGCUGCGAGCCGGCGCAGAUCAAGUACAUGAUGCAGGUCAUUGAGCCCCAGUUCCAGCGGGACUUCAUCUCCCUGCUGCCCAAGGAGCUGGCCCUGUACGUCUUGUCUUUCCUGGAGCCACGGGACCUGCUCCGAGCUGCCCAGACUUGCCGCUACUGGAGGGUCCUGGCUGAGGACAAUCUGCUCUGGAGGGAAAAGUGCCGUGAGGAAGGGAUCGAGGAGCCCCUACACCUGCGGAAGCGACGCCUGCUUAGCCCCGGAUUCAUGUACAGCCCCUGGAAAUUUGCCUUCCUGCGCCAGCACCGCAUCGACAUGAACUGGCGUAGUGGGGAGCUGCGGCCCCCCAAGCUCCCGCUGCCUUCCCACUGCUCAUUGUGUUGGGGGGUCCUGGUGGCUGUGGGGGGUGCACACUGCCCCCCACACACUCCUGUGCCCCCGCAGGUACUGAAGGGCCACGAUGACCAUGUGAUCACUUGCCUGCAGUUCUGCGGCAAUCGCAUAGUAAGCGGCUCUGAUGACAACACGCUCAAAGUGUGGUCAGCUGUCACAGGGGAGUGUGUGCAGACGCUGGUGGGCCACACGGGGGGGGUUUGGUCCUCCCAGAUGAGGGACAGUGUUGUCAUCAGUGGCUCCACUGACCGCACACUCAAGGUGUGGAACGCUGACAGCGGCGAGUGCGUGCACACGCUGUACGGACACACCUCUACCGUGCGCUGCAUGCACCUGCACGGCAACAGGGUGGUGAGUGGCUCCCGGGAUGCCACGCUGCGGCUCUGGGACAUCGAGACAGGGCAGUGCCUGCACGUGCUGAUGGGCCACGUGGCUGCCGUACGCUGUGUCCAGUAUGAUGGCAACAAAGUGGUCAGUGGUGCCUAUGACUACACGGUGAAGGUGUGGGACCCUGAGAGUGAGAGCUGCACCCACACGCUGCAGGGGCACACCAACCGUGUCUACUCACUGCAGUUUGAUGGGACACACAUCGUUAGUGGGUCCCUGGACACAUCGAUCCGCGUGUGGGAUGUGGAGAGUGGGAACUGUCUGCACACACUCAUGGGACACCAGUCACUCACCAGCGGGAUGGAGCUGCGCGACAACAUCCUCGUGUCCGGCAACGCCGACUCUACUGUCAAGAUCUGGGACAUCAAGACAGGGCAGUGCCUGCAGACCCUGCAGGGUCCCAGCAAGCACCAGAGUGCUGUCACCUGCCUACAGUUCAGCUCCAAGUUCGUGGUGACCAGCUCUGAUGACGGGACAGUGAAGCUGUGGGACCUGAAGACAGGGGAGUUUGUGCGAAACCUCGUGGCCCUGGAGAGCGGGGGCUCUGGGGGAGUCGUGUGGCGCAUCCGUGCCUCCAACACAAAGCUGGUGUGUGCCGUGGGCAGCCGCAAUGGCACCGAGGAGACCAAGCUGCUGGUGCUGGACUUCGAUGUGGACCUUAAGUGACCCCGGCCAGCCCGGGGGUCCCGCGGGAGGGGUGGCCCCGGCGCAGGCGCUGGCCCCCGCGGGCAGGACAAGAGGGAGGGCCGGGCCUUAUUUAUAUGUGCGGGAGUGCCCGGCUGGGCCUGCAGGAGCAUGUUUUGUACACGGAAUAUAUCGAUUUAUUUCUGUA